CUCCUUGGCAACACGACACCCUUUUAAACAGCAAUAAUUCCUGAUAUCUUUGCACUUGCAGCUGCAGAUAUUAACACGGGUAUUGUCACUUGCGAAGCGAAUUUAUUUGGCGAAGCGAACGCUUUGGCGAACAUACCCUAAAUUUGCAUUGUGAAUGGCGAAUGAACGUAUUCGCUAAAAUAUGUCGUUGCCAUUCAUGAAAAAAGUAGCGCGUUCAUCCGAAUUUGACAUUUGUGUCAUUUAUACUUAAAAUAUUUAUUAUUAUAUCAACUGAAAUUCGAAAAUAUGUUUAUUAACGCGGAUCUGUAUUUUGAGGAUAAUUACGAUGUGGAAACGCGAACUAAUCUUCUUCGACAGCGCCGUUUUAUUAGAGAUAAUUCUAAUCCUACAGAGCUAUCUAACACGGUAUUUGUUGCGAAUUUCCGCUUAAACAAGGGCGCAUUUAUGUAUGUGCUGGAUAAAAUCAAAGACAAAUUUCAUUGUCGGAUGUCGUCUUCCAUAACGCCGAUGUUAAAAUUGUGUGCCGCGCUCAGAUUUUUUGCACAUGGCAGUUACCAACAAGCUAUAGGGAAUGAAUUUCAGUUGGGACUUGCUCAGCCAACAGUUUCCCUUAUUUUAAAAGAGAUCAUACCCAUUUUGGAAAAUGAAAUUUGUCGUACCCAUAUAAGCGUAGAUAUGAGUGAAGAAGAAAAAGCAGCAGGCAAGAAGCAAAUUUUAUUCAAGAUCGGGAAUACCAAAUGCUUGUGA